CACCACUUCUCCUCUCUAUAACCCUCAACUCACCCCCACAAUGGAAACAGGCCCUCUGAUCCCCGCCUCCCAAGCAUCCCAUCUCCUCUCCUCAUUCACGACCUUCCUAACACUAACCCUCCACACCCUCCUCUACCAUCGCGCUCUCUACCCCAAAACAACCUUUCUAACGGCCCGAGCCCUUAAUCUCCCCGUCCACCAAUCCCGUCAUCCUGGUCUCUGCACAUGGAUAAACGACGCUGUAGGUUCAGUAGCGGCACAGUUACGCAAAGGAACUGUACGUCGUAUAGCCAUUGCGAUGCAUGCUGCAAAGACCUUUGAUGUGCUGGAGAGAUGGGUCUUUGAUGUUGAUUUGUUUCCUGCUGGGUGGGGUGAUAGAGAGGAGGCGACUUACAACCCUGCGUUGGUAGAGGGUGAUGAUGAUGGUGUGGUGAAUUGGACGGAUGUCAACGAGGCGCUGAGAGGUGCUCUGAGGAGGGUGGCGCAAAAGGCUGAGAUGAUGCCUGAUUUACCUGAAGGGAGCACUUUUACUGUUGCCGUUGAGCUACGUGAUGAUGCAGACACACCCAUAGGUGUAAGUGUAUCGGUUAUCAGAUGAACUUUGACUGACUGAUCUAGCAUCCCCAACAUUGGAUACCAUCUCAACCAAAUCUUCAACCACCAAACGAUACCUCAUUAAAACAAGGCUCUUCUCUUGGUGGUCAAAGUACAACCCCUAUUCGCUCUGUCCAAGCUGGUCCUUUAUUCUUUGAAUGCUGGAUCGAACAAAGCGCACCCGUAACCUCAUGAAAUUCACAUAUAUGAUACCCAACUUUGGAACAGAUAGAUUAUCGUCAUCAUGACGCUU